ACACAUACACGCACAUACAUGGACAUCUCUACGUAUAUAUGUAAAAAUAUAAGGUAUAUGCAUAGCGAAUGAGAAACAGUGAAGAGUUAAAAAUCACCAACUAAGCGACACAAACAAUAUCGGGUCGUGUGAAUAAGUGAUAAUAUAAAAAUAUAAAAUAUUAGUGUUUUUUUUUGUGUGUGGCAAUCAAAAUAGUUGUAGAUCAGCAGAAUAUUGAAACGCAAAAAAAAAAUCCCACAAAAAAAAAAGACGAAAAAAAAACACACACCGAAACAUCGAGGAGAAAAGAGUGUAGCAACAAAUUCAAUAACAAACGCCGCGCACAUAUAGACAGUAUCCAUAUCAUUUGCAAACAUGUAACCAGUUUUCUGUUUGUGUUUGUAUUUCAAUACGGUGUAGCGUUUAUUCCGUCUCGAUUCGAUUCGAUUAUAUGUUGUAUGCGCUAAAAUUUGCCAGCGAAAAACGAAAAUAAAUAAAAUAAUUAAAUAAUUAUUAGUACAAGUUAGUGGUCGCAUUAAACGAAAUUUCGUACACAGUAAAAUGGUGAUCUCAAAGGUUGGGAAGCGUAAAAGAAAUCCGCCACCGGUUAAGGAAACACGUCCUGUACAGGAACAACCCAAAAGACCUAAAGUUCAAGCACAGCGUAAAUUUGCUCAAGCAUGUGGCGGCGGCAGUGCAUCAUCAACAGUACCAUCCAGUUUGCUUGCAAAUCAAUCGGCGCAAAAUGGGAGCGCAAAACCGGAAGGUGUUAGUCAUGAUCCGCCACAGGAAUUGUUACCAAAUCGGCGGCCAAACACAGAGGACUUUUUAACAUUUCUUUGUUUUCGCGGAACAUCUGUUCUUCCAUCGCACUUAGAUUUUUUCAAUACAAAUAAAAAUUCGGAUCCAAAACAAGCAAAACCGAAAACAGAGAACACAGCAACUAGUUGCAGCUCAAAAGAUGUGAAACAAGAAGAUAAGCGGCCAGAGGUGAAAAAUGAAAAGAUCGACGUUGCGAAGGAUGUUAAAACAGACGCAGAUGCACCGAAAUUCAUACCGUUUGCCGUAAGAAAAAGAGCUGAAACUGUGGUGGCUGGAUCACGUAAGCAAACUGUUCAAGCCUUGAAGAAAAAAUACCAGGACCAACGAAUUGCGAAAAAUAAAGCGCAAUGCAAAACUCGGUCGUCAACGGCCAAAGAAACCGAAGUGAUCAAGGCACCGAAACUCAAGCAAAAUGAUGUGGAUAAAACAUCAAAUGAGAACCCGGCCAGGGGUCGAAAUAAGCGAAAAUUACGUGGCAAUAUUGGAAAUGAUCAGUCUGAUGAAGAAGCUGUUACAAUCAAACCACAGAAGACAGCCAAAGUUACAAAUGGCCGACCAAAUAAAGUAGGUGACACAAACAAAGGUCAAAAGAUAGCUACGCGAACGACAAAAUCAAUUGGUUCAAUCCCACCCAAAUUGGAUGAAAAGGAAAAAGAAGAAGAAAUGGAAGAAAGUACCAGAACAACGAGACAACGGAGCUAUUCGCUACCCAAGUCAGAAGCGAAACCACUUAAAACUGUAGAAAAAAGUGCAAUUCAACAAGAUACUAUAACUCCAAAAGGAAAUAAGAGCAAAAAUGUGAAGAACAAACGUGCCAAUGAAACGGUUGAAGGAGAGUUUUCAUCCGACGAUGAUUUGCCAUUGGUCGAAAAGAAGAAAGGCAAGGCAACGCAUCAAGAGAAAACAAAGCGAAAUUUAAAGCGAAUUUCGAAUCGAAGAAAUCAGUCUGGUGAAUCGAUUGAAAUAGAUAAAUCUGUUGAUAGAAAAUCCGUAAGCUCAUCGGAGCCAGCAUCUAAAAGAAAAACACCUUCGGGCAAUAAAAAAGUGGCGCAAAACAAAAGCGCUUCAAACGAACCAGUACAAGUAAAAUCAACUUGCAGUGAGAAGUCAGAAAAUGAGUCGCAACAUGAAAGUAAAAAGGAUACCAAAGCUGUAAAACGAAAACGCCGUAAUGAGUUCACCGAUCUUUCACAAACCGAUCAAAGUGAAAAUGAAACAAAAACCGGUCGUCCGAUGCGUAAAACGAAAGAAGCUGCUGCCAUUUAUAUGGAACUGAUUGGUCAAAAGUUGAAUUUGAGCGACUUUGAUGAUGAUUUAUCCGUUGAUAGCUUUCCAGAAUUGCCAAAUGUCAAGAAAACCGAACAAAUGGAAAAUGAUAUGAAAGCAAAUUUGGGAAAAGAAAAGCGUGAACUUACAUCCACGCCUAAACGAGGUCGUCCAAAACGAGAAGAGGCGAGUUCGCUGCCAGAUGAAAAGCAUGAACCACCACAAAAAUCUAUCGAAAACGGGCAGAAAGAUGAGAAGCGUAAAACAUCUGAACCAAUUGCAGAGACUGGCGGCAAAGCGAAAUUGGAAAAAAGUUUUAGUGACUCAGAUGACGAACCAUUGGCAACUAAAUUUGAACGAAAAUCAAAAACGCCAAAAGACAAAACAAAUCCGAAGAAAAUUGUUGUUACGCCGACAAACAAAGAUUUGAACCAAGAGAACCGGUCGGAGAAUAAACGCGAUACAUCAUUCAAAAGUGCCGAUAAUUCAUUCGAAUGCAAACCAUUGGAAACUACAGCUCAAAAUACGAUUUUGGCCCAAAAUUCAAGCAUGACAACACCAGGUAAAAAUAAUAUAUCAACAACCACUGAGCCAACAACAAAAACGAAAAAUACAUCGUCGCCGCCAAAGAGCAUUGACUUGAAUGAAACCGAAUUCAAAAUGCCCGCCGAAAGUGUGAAGCAACUAUUGAGUCCGCCAAUCAAUGUGAGUCCGAUAAAAAUGGCAUCGAUAAGAGGGAAUGCUAGAGAUAAAACGGCCGAAGCUUUUAACAAUAAUCUACUUCAAGCAUCAUCAUCUGGCAAAACAACGGCACAAAAUAUAUCAGCGAUUUUGGCCGAUUUGAUGCCGAGCAAAGAAGAAUCGGGAAAAAUAUUCGGCAUUGCCAGCGUAACUCUUGCACAAAGUUCAGGUCCAAUAGACACCAAAUGCACCCUUGGUAAAUGUGGUUCAAUACACAAGCCGUCAUUGGGACCGGGUGUACCAACUGAGUCUUAUUUGGGCGAUCAAAUGUCGAACAAGGAUAGGCGAAAGGCCAAGGUUAAUAUGACCCAUGAACAAAUCGAGAAAUGGUUGUCAGAAUGCUCAAUGACCGCUGUUCCAUUCGUAAAUGACUCGCUUGAUGAUGAAAUCGAUUUGACAAUUCCACCGAAACCAAUAAAUUAUCUGUCAACGCCUUCGCCAAAACGCGAGUCAGACCAUGCUAGAGACGAAGUUCCAUCAUUGACAAAAGUAAGAACUCAGACGCCAAAAGAGGGUAAAUCAGUUCAAGUACGUCAAACCACACCUGUAAAAGGUAAAAUGAAUUUACUUCCGAAAGGAGAAUGCUCGGCUAAGACUGCUUUUGCGAAAAAAGAAGAUCAAUUUACCGCAAAUCAAUCGAAACCAAUUGUUGCCAAUAAAGAUAAUGUAACAGUAACCGAAAAAUCAAUGGCUUCCAAAAAGUCUGCAUCAGCAAAUCAAAAUACAAACGCAAAUGCAAAUGUAGACGAAUCAAAAGGUGAAUGCAUCAAACCGAUUUCGGCGGUAAAAACCCAAACAUCACCAAAUAAACCAAAUGUGAAAGGUGUGACAGUGACACCAGAUAAAAAACCCAUUUAUAAUAGACGAACACCGGUUUACAAUACGAAAAAAAGUGAUCAGGGCAUUGUUAAAAGUCCGCCGGUGGUUAACACAUUUUGUGCAUUCUCACCCGAAAAUGAGGCGAGUGUUUAUUCAUUUGACAAAGAAGAGGACACAAUACAUGCAUCUAUUCCAUUUCGUAGACACAGUCGACGGGGAUCCACACAUUCAAAAAAUAAUGAAAAUGAUACAUCAAUUAAAACGACCAACAUUACACCGAUCAGUAAACCAAGUCCAAAGGAUCAACAAACGAAAAAGCAACAACUUUCGUUGUCCCUAUGUCUCGAUGAUGCUAAUCGAUCGGCAGCCACAGUAGUUGCAACGACAAAACAAAAUGCCAACGAUAAAGUAAAGAAACUUUCAUUAAAUGAAAGUGAUUUGGUAAAGGCAAUGGCCGCAUCAGAUAACGAUGGACGAGACUCUGAUUCUGAAGGUCAUACUUUCUAUAUACCCCUUCAAUGUAUGGGCAAUAGUUCGGUUGGCAAUUCAUCCGAUCAGCUCAUUCAAGGAGUGGCUGUUAAAUUGGGCACUGAAGGACCCGAAGGCCCCAAUCAAAAAGUUAUCAUGCAUGCCAAACUGGUGACUAAAUCUCAAAUGGGUGCGAAUGCAACACCAAUACCGGAAGGCAUGGGAAUGGCAAACAUACAUGAAAUUGUUAAAAAUUUAAUUGCCAACAAAGAAAUGGCCAGUACCAAAUCAGUGCCAAUUGGUACAGUUCAGCCACGUUUAAAGGUCAACGAUCUAACAAAACCAAGUACAUCUACACUACCCACUGAAAUAGUAUUAUCAAAUCAACCGUCUGCAUCGAAUUUAACACGUCACAAUUCGAAUCAAUCGCUAUUUUCUCAGAAAACCAAAAGCACAAAACGUCCAAAAAACGAGCAAACCAUUCAACCAAGCAACAAUACAGCAUUUCCGCGUUACGAUGAUCCAGCUCAGAUGGUCGAAGCGCCGGUAUUCCGGCCAACCGAAAAAGAAUUCCAGGAUCCAAUUGAGUUUAUAAAUCGUAUUACACCAAUUGCUGCUCGUUUCGGUUUAUGUCGUAUUAUUCCGCCAUCGACAUUCAAACCAGAGUGUAAAAUAUCCGAUGACAUGAGAUUCACCGCCUACAAUCAGUAUGUGCAUAAAAUGUUGCAUCGAUGGGGUCCCAGUGUGAAAGAGUUCAGUGCAAUUAAAAAGUAUUUGGCCACUCAGUGUAUUACGUUGAAUCAACCACCAUUGAUUGGUGGCAUGGAAGUUGAUUUACCUCGAUUAUAUCAUACCGUUCAAGAGUUGGGCGGCCUCAAAGAGGUGAUUGAGAAGAAAAAAUGGGCUCGUGUUGCCGAAGAGAUGUGUAUACCAAAAUCGGCACAAGAUCGUGUUACAAAACUUGAUGACAUUUAUUGCAAAUAUUUGUUGCCAUAUGAUACACUUUCACCGUCUGAACGUCAGAAAUUAUUUGAAAGUGUGGAAGCCGAUUGGGCAAAGAGUGAGGCAAAAGCCCGUCGAAAUGCCGACCGAAGUGCAUUGAGCGAAAGCAAUUCAAAUGAAAACUCUGACUUUGAAGAGCAAUCGGACGAAGACGAUAAUGAAUCGGGUGAUAGCGGUUCAAUGGAAUGCAUUGUUAAGGGAAAAAGUACGGCGCUGAGCGCCUUCUUCCGAGUAGCCAGAAACACAAUGGCAUUAUGGUUUCGAAACACCGAACCAGCGACCAGUGAAGUUGAAACCGAAUUUUGGCGACACGUCGCUGUUCGUGACAGCCAUGUAUGCGUGCAUUCUGGAUCCAUUGAUUCAAGUGGUUGGGGAUAUGGUUUUCCAACACCUGGACCAAAAACAAAGAAUUCAACAUGCAGCAAACAUCCAUGGAAUUUAAAAGUUCUUACUAAUAAUCAUAAUUCAAUUUUACGAUCGAUUGGACCAAUUACAGGUGUAACCGUGCCCACACUUCAUGUUGGUAUGCUGUUCAGCGCUUGUUGUUGGUAUCGUGAUCCACAUGGUUUGCCAUGGAUCGAAUACUUACAUACGGGUGGUAGUAAAAUUUGGUACAGCGUACCAAAUGAACAAAGUGCCAAUUUCCGUACAGCAUUCACAUCACUUGUACCAACAUUGUCAAAUAAAACCGUUUGGCUUCCGUGUGACACGGCAAUGGUACCACCGCACAUGCUCACUGACCGUGGCGUUUCACUGUGCCGAACCGAGCAAGAGCCAGGCCAAUUCGUUGUCGUAUUUCCGCGAGCUUAUACAUCCAAUAUAUGCACCGGAUAUUCCAUAUCGGAGAGUGUAUACUUUGCACCAAUGUCUUGGCUAGAAACAGCAAAAGAAGAUUUUAAGGAUAUACACGACAGCUGUGAACCAGCAAUGUUCUCCUUGGAACAGCUUCUAUUUUCGGUUGCGUCGGACGUUCGAACUAACGUGGAUAUUUUGGAAACUGUACUUCCUAUGCUCAAAGAGGUGUACGAACGUGAAAUUAAAGAAAGAUCUGAGAUUCAGGCCUCCGGUGUUAAUCAAACCGAAAAAAUUGUACUCAAACCAAAAAAGCCACAAGCAGAGGAAAAUGAAUGUGAUAUCUGUCGUGCAAAUGUGUACAUUUCAUGGAUUCGUUGUGACGAUGACAGCAUCUACUGUUUACACCAUGCCGUAAAAUAUUUAAAAAAUAAUCGCAUACAAGCCAAGCAAUGCAAGCUACUAUUUAUGUAUAAAAAAGAAGAAAUCGAAGAUCUUAUUAACAAAGUCAAUGAAAAGAUAAAUCAACAUAAGAAAAAGAUUGAGAAUAAAAAAUAAAUGUGUAGCGCCGUGUAGCGCCAACUUAUGUCAGUUGCCAUCAUUGUAUAAAUUCAGCUAAAUGAUUGUAUAUAAUAUUAAAACAAUAUUCAUAAAAUUCUAAUAAUUAUAUUUAUAAUUGUAUAAAUUUGCCCGUAAUUUCCAUUGUGUUAUCGUCGAAAUUUCGUUUAUUUCAAUAUUUAAGUGAAUUUAUAAACAAAUAUAUAAAAACAAUGAAA